AUGUCACAUGUUUGUUGGAUUAAUUUGCGAGGCAAUUACGCGGAGUGUGGCGUGACGCGCACUACCGGUGAUGUGAAAAUCUGGUUCCAAAAUCGAAGAACGAAAUGGAAAAAGAAGGAUAACGUAUCGAAUGCCGAAGUAGCGGAGAUGAAGCAGAGCAGACCUGAGGAGAAGAAAGAUGAGAAGGAAGACCCUCUGGCGUUAGACAUGUCUAAGAAGUCGUGCAAUAAAAUACUCAGCGAAAAACUCAAAACUAAACCCAUACAAAAUGUUUUGCCUAAACCCAGGAGGGUGGAAAAAGGCGUGCUAUUAGAGACGAUUUGUGACUCAAACGACAUAGAGAGUAGAAUUUCUAUAACUAAGAUUACGAAUAAGCUGUCAAGUACAGAUCUAUCUGAAGCUGUAUCGGUGAAAAGCUACAAUCCGGAGGAAGACAAAGUAGAGUCGAAUAGAGAAUGCGGGAGUGUUGAGCUGUAA